AUGAUGGCUGGCGAUAGCGACUUCCGCGUGGUGAUCGCGGGGGCCAGCAUCGCGGGGCUCAGCCUGGCGCUGGCGCUGGAGCGGGCCGGCGUCGACUUCGUGGUGCUCGAGGCGCACCCGUCCGUCGCGCCCCAGGUCGGUGCCAGCAUCGCCGUGCUGCCGAGCGGCGCGCGGGUGCUGGACCAGCUGGGCUGCUACGCCGACGUCGCCGCGCUGCUCGGCUGCUCCACCGACAACUUCAUAAUCCGCGACGCCGGCGGCGCGAAGUUGAUCCACAUUGAGAACUUGGAGGAGCACCUGGUGCAGCGACACACAUACGAUGUGCUCCCGUGGCUCCUGAGGCUGACUGGGUGGAUUUGUUUGGGGACGGCCCUUAGCCAUGGGUACCCCAUGAUCUUCCUCGAGAGGAGGAUGGUCAUCGAUGUGCUGCACAAGCACAUCCGCCAGAAGGACAAGGUCCUGACGUCCCGGCGGGUCGUCGGCUUCGAGAUGGACGAGCACAGCGUGUCUGUCGAGUGCCAGGACGGCUCUGUCCACCGGGGGAGUAUCCUCAUCGGGGCGGACGGCAUCCGCAGCACUGUAGGCCGGCAGAUGUUGCAGCUGAGCGGAAGUUCCAAGAAAGAAUUCCCCGUCCAGUACAGAUGCCUCUUCGGCAUCUCGGACAGAGUGCCCGGCAUUGCUGAGGACGCCAUGCACCAUGUCACCAACUACUCGUCGUCGCUCUUCGCCUCCUCGGGGCCCAACGACCGCACGUACUGGUGCCUGUUCCACAACCUUGGCGAUACGUAUUAUGGCGACGCACUACCUCCCUACGGCGAAAAGGAAGAGGCCGAGACUGCGAGGGUCCAUGGCUCUGAUGCUGUCACGGAUACGGUGAAGUUCUCGGACCUGUACGAGCGGCGGAUCGCGAGCGUGAGCACACCGCUGCAUGAGGGCGUGCUGGAUGAGUGGUACGAAAGGCGGUGCCUGGUCGUCGGUGACGCAGUGCACAAGGUUAUAGAUCCUCACCCGACCGCUUCAGCGACUAGCAAGUAUCCCAAGACUGACUGGUACCAGUUCAACCCCAUAGUCGGGCUCGGGGGCAUGAGCGCACUGGAGACGACCGCCGUGCUCACAAACAACCUCAUCGCCCUCUUGAAGUCAUCUCCCAAUCCAUCCCGAGCUGAGAUCGAGUCCGCCUUCGCCAAAACCCAGGAGUCCCGCCGGCCUCGCGCGAAAGCGCUGGUCGACGCCUCGACGCAGACUCAGCGCCGCUUCGCCAUGGAGUCACCGUGGCUGCGCUUCAUGAACAUGUACUUCCAUCCAGCCCAGGGAUCGCGGUCCGCGCUGCGGCUGCUGUCCGAGGCAUACCCUGGCGCGCCCGGCCUCGACGUCGCCGCCGCAAGGAAGGAGGGAGUACCGCCGCCGGCGAAGGGUGCGGCGAUGCCGGCGUGGCUCGCUGCCCGACCGGCCCUCCGUGCGCUGCCGUACGAGGACGAGCUACUCCGGGCGCCCGGGCCAAGGACGGCGUUCGUGAGCCUGGUCACCACCGCGGCGCUCGUUGGCCUGGGCCUGUUGGGGGUGCAGCUGCUGCUGUACACGUCCCUUGCGAACGGGACCUUCAGGCUCGUGGACGAAGCGGUCUGGCAGAGGAGCGUCGAGGUGCCGGGGAAGGGCAUGGUCGACCUGAAGGACCCGUUCGGGACCGCAGGCAUAUUCUCCGGGCUCGGCGAGCUGCUGACGACGCUGGUCGCCGUGUUCCUGCCGCUUGUCGCGGAAGACGUGACGAACGUGACGAGCCUCGAGAGGAAGCUGCACGCCGGCUACUUCCUCGUGUCUGUAUUUCUGCCCAUCAUCGCCGUGAUACUGGUCGAGGGUAGCAGGAAGAGGAAUGUCUGGUCGCUGAUCUGGAGCCCCAGCAUCUGGCUCACCCUGGCGCAACUCUUCGGCCUCGGCCUCAUCAUGCCCUUCUACGUCCUCGCAUUCUUCUUCAGCUCCUCGCAGACGGCCUACUGGAUGCCCGCUGAGCGCUUCGUCCCCGAGCGCUUUAGCAGGGCGGCCCUUCCCGCCCUGGCCCUGGGAUUCCUCGCCCCGUCGGCGUUGAUGGCCGCGCCGAUGGUGUCUGCUGGAGUCCAAGAGUACACCCAGCAGAUCAUCGCAUUCUGGCAGGUCACGCCUGUAUUGACGUCGUGGCUGGCCGAGGGGAUCGCGAAGUCUCUGGGAGGGUCGGCGAGUGGUGGCAAGCGGAGGCCCUUGGAGGAUUAUGCUGGGCUGGACGUCGCGAACCUGAACAGGCUUUACGGUGCUGUCUUCUUCGUGGCCGCCAGUACGCAUGCUGUGGUCAUGCUCGCUGUCGUUUGGGUCGUCAGGCUGUCCGUCGCUGGCAUCUUUCUGCCUGGCCAGACCGUGGGACCAGUGGGUAGCAUCGUGGAGGGCGUGAGCAUUUUCAUCAAGUACGACCUCCUCUUGACUGUUGCGGCGACGAUCGUACUGUGUGUGGUCAAUCUUAUGGAGAUGAAGCGGGUGGGACUUAUCGAGGGCUCGACGUUGAAACGGAUAGGCUGGCUCGUCGCCGGUUGUGCUGCCGUUGGACCUGGGGCAACGCUGGUCGGUCUUUGGAAGUGGAGGGAGAGAAAGACGGCGAGGCCUGAGCUGAAGGCUAGAUGA